CAGCAAUGUUCACUCGGUCCGACUCACUAAAUUACCACAUCUCCAUAACUUAUCCCACCCCAAUAUGGAUGACUCAACGCAAUCGAUGAUUCGGGAGCACAUCAUUCGCCAGAUUCGAGAGGUCCUUUCUCAGUUUCUGCCGAGUGUCGGCUCAGAUACCAUGCGAAUACUUGGUGUCACUCCAAAUAGUAUUCUUGAGCCCAGAAAUUACUUAGAAUCCAUACGUCCAAUUGUCUCAGAGAUUGAAGAGUACCUUCAGAACAAUCGUCCGGAUAUCAAGACUCGUUUCGUUGCUGCUAAAAUCUUCCGCGGGAAGACCUAUUUUCUACUCGACCUCAAUAUUGCUGAUUAUAACUAUGAAACUGCUCAUGAUUGCAAGAUGUUAAUCCCUGUUUACGUCCUUCGUCUAUCGAAAAGACAGCCUACAAUUCUUCGAAAACCGGAGCUGGAUGGAACGGUCGCUAAGGUUCUUAGGAACAUGCACAAUCUCCAAGACCAGGACCCUCUACCUUUAUUUGACAACCAUUAUGAUGAGAAUCUUCAAUACCCCAACCCCCGCCGCCCGCAAUUUGGGUACUGAGUCGGUUUCGUGACUGUCUUUGGGAGGUCCUAUGUGGCCAGAGAACGGCAUCAUCAAG